AUGUCUGCCGUGUGCUGCCGUUCCGCCGUUUCUCGCGGCGUGUGUGCGUCGAGGUCGCUGUUCGAUUCGCAGCUUUCGCAGCGCAUCGCGAGCAUUCUCGGUUCCUCGUCCGAUCUUCCACUCUCCUUUUCGUCGUCUCCUUCCGAGCCGCUGCGUGUGACUGGGCCUGCUGCUGGGCGUGCGCGCUUCCAUUCUUCUUCAUUUGUCGGCGCAGAUCCCAGCGCAGGCUCCACCCCCUCGUCGCCAGCCGUCGCAGGCGACGUCGCACAGUCACCACUUCUGCCGCGUCUGCGAUCAUGGUUCGCAGCGCCCGACCUAACUCCGCCGCCCUUCGUGGGGCCUACGGGCGGAUCUGAGGCGGGGAGCGGAGCAGACGGGGAGGCGCGGGGGGACGCGCAAGGGCGAGGGGAAGCGCGGAUGCACGGAGAGGGCGCGCGAGGCUAUGGGGAUCAGCGGGUGUACGGGAGGGACCCGCGGGGGUAUGGGCGGAACUUCCGCCCGCGCCCGCCUGUGGCGCGGCCGAAGCUGGAUCUUCUGGAUAAGUAUGUGCACUUGUCGCUGCUGUCAGCAGAGGAGUGGCAGCCGUUGGAGCCUAGGAAAGAUGGAUUCUUCGUUUUGCACAUCCACCCCCUCCUUCAUUUCUCCUCCCUUUCCAUCCUCCCAUCUACCCCAUACGUGCAUCCGUCGCUGCUGUCAGCAGAGGAGCGGCGGCAGGAGAAGCUGGGGGGAGUGGGGGCAGCACAGCAGCUGUACCUGCUCACAUCCCCACCUUUUGUUUUCUUUGCGCACCCGAUUCCCCUCUCCCCCCCGCAACCCCCCCCUCCCUCCCCAGUACGUGCACCCAUCGCUUCUGUCAGCAGAGGAGCGGCGGGAGCAGGAGCUGCAGGGAGUGAAGGAGCGGUUCAGAGUGCAUGA